CCGCGGACUCCUCCAGCCCCAGAAUCAGGCCAAGGGUGCCUCUCCCUCUCCGGAGCCCACCCUUUAGCCUUGCUCUCCAUGGGGGUCUCCAGGUCCUGCCUGGACCCCGACGCUUGCAGGUGGCAGCCAGACCGGGGGCGGGGCUGAGAUGGGGGUCUCCGUACCGCCUCUGGACAUGAGGACUCCUGUUCCUUGCCUCCUCCCCACAACUGCUGCAGACCCCAAGGGAGCACUCGGAGCUCCCUGAGGACUCCCGAGUGCAGGCUGCUGGCGCUGAAGAACGCCCUCCGCUACUUCCCCCCGGAUGUCCAGGAGGUGCUGGCCCCCGAGUUUGCCCAGGAGCUGCGGCUCUACGGCCACAUCUACAUGUAUCGCUUUUGCCCCGACCUGGAGAUGAGGGCCUACCCAGUGGAGCAGUACCCCUGCCGGACGAGGGCGGCUGCAGCCAUCAUGCUUAUGAUCAUGAACAACCUGGACCCGGCCGUGGCACAGUUUCCCCAGGAGCUCGUGACCUACGGAGGAAAUGGGCAGGUGUUCAGCAACUGGGCGCAGUUCUGGCUGACGAUGUCCUACCUGGCCCAGAUGACCGAGGAGCAGACGCUGGUCGUGUACAGCGGACACCCACUUGGCCUUUUUCCCAGCAGCCCUGAGGCCCCCAGGCUGGUCAUCACCAACGGGAUGGUCAUUCCCAACUACUCCUCCAGGACGGAGUAUGAGAAGCUCUUUGCCAUGGGGGUAACCAUGUAUGGCCAGAUGACGGCGGGCAGUUACUGCUACAUCGGCCCCCAGGGCAUCGUCCACGGCACGGUGCUCACCGUGCUGAACGCGGGGCGGCGCUACCUGGGGCUCCAGGACCUGGCGGGCAAGGUCUUCGUCACCUCCGGGCUGGGCGGCAUGAGCGGGGCUCAGGCCAAAGCUGCCGUCAUCGUGGGGUGCAUCGGUGUGAUCGCAGAGGUGGAUGGUGCGGCCCUCAUGAAACGCCACCGGCAAGGCUGGCUGAUGGAAGUGACCGACAGCUUGGACCACUGCAUCGAAAGACUCAGGGAAGCGAGGAAGACGAAGGAGGUGCUCAGCCUUGGUUACCAUGGCAACGUGGUGGACCUCUGGGAGCGCCUGGUGCACGAGCUGGACACAACGGGGGAGCUCCUGGUGGACCUGGGGUCUGACCAGACGUCCUGCCACAGCCCGUUCAAUGGCGGCUACUACCCUGUGCAGCUGAGCUUCGCAGAGGCCCGGAGCCUCAUGGCCUCCGACCCCACUGCCUUCAAAGGCCUGGUCCAGGAGAGCCUGCGGAGGCACGUCUCAGCUAUCAACAGGCUGGCCCGGGAGCACUUCUUCUUUUGGGACUAUGGCAACGCCUUCCUCCUGGAGGCCCAGAGAGCCGGGGCCGACGUGGGGAAGCCGGGCGCCAACAGGACAGAGUUCCGCUACCCCUCCUAUGUGCAGCACAUCAUGGGGGACAUAUUCUCCCAGGGCUUUGGGCCUUUCCGCUGGGUGUGCACCUCGGGGGACCCCCAGGACCUGGUGGUCACAGAUCGGUUGGCCAUGUCUGUGUUGGAGGAGAUUGUUGCUGGCGGAGUGACCCCGGCCGUGAAGCUCCAGUAUGAGGACAACAUCCGCUGGAUCCGGGAGGCUGCUAAGCACCAGCUGGUGGUGGGCUCCCAGGCCAGGAUCCUGUACUCGGACCAAAAAGGCCGUGUGGCCAUCGCCAUGGCCUUCAACCAAGCCAUCGCCCGUGGGGAGCUCAAGGCACCGGUGGUCCUGAGCCGAGACCACCAUGACGUGAGUGGCACCGACAGCCCCUUUCGGGAGACCUCCAACAUUUACGACGGCUCUGCCUUCUGUGCAGACAUGGCCGUGCAGAACUUUGUGGGCGAUGCGUUCCGUGGAGCCACCUGGGUCGCCCUGCACAACGGUGGUGGUGUUGGAUGGCUGCUAACGGUGAAGACCCGUCACAGGAGCCGUGGCUCCUCCAGGGCCCACGCUGGUCUCCCAGGACACUUAACGUCAGCACCACUCAUCAGCUCGAUGGUCCCACCUCAGAGGCAGAUGCACCCAGAGCUUGACCCUGCAGAUGCUGGCGGCUCGGCCACAGUUCCAGCUCCUGAGGGCGAGGUGAUCAACGGGGGCUUUGGCCUUGUGUUGGACGGGACUGAGGACGCUGAGCGGAAGGCCAGGAGGGUGCUCAGCUGGGACGUCGCCAACGGAGUGGCUCGCCGCUGCUGGUCCGGGAGCCCCAUGGCCUACGAGGUCAUCUGCCAGACGAUGCGGGAGGACAGUAGCGUGGCGGUGACGCUGCCACACACCGUGGCGGACGAGUGUGUGCUCCAGGCGCUGCAGCAGUGAGGGGACUGGGCACCCCGCGGUGCCCUGCCCCCGGUCCUGCCCCCACCUCACAUUCCCCAGCCCGCUGCUCGCCGUGCUCCCCCGGGUCCGGAGCUUUGCACACGGGUGUGCGUAGACGUGCACGCUCACACAGGCAUGCACACACAAGCAUGUACGUGCACUUACAAGCAUGCACACACGCAAGCAUGCCCUCUUCCGUCUCACCACCCCAGAGGCAGUGUCACUGCAUCCCCAUCUUACAGACCAGCCAGUGAGGCAGGGCCGUCUGCUCUCACCACGCGGCUCCCCUGGGGGCCUGGAGGGCAGUGAGGGUCUCCUUCAGUGUGGGGAGCUCAGGCCUGCCGUGGAGGGGACUCCAGGGGCUGGUGCCCAGAAGACUGGCUGAGUGGGGCUCCAGCUGGCCCAUGGAGCGGCCUACAGUUCUUCCUCCCCCGGGCGCAGGGUUCAUUUGGCCAGAUUCUCAUCUAACAUCCAUCGCCCCCCAACCCCUGACUAACUGUCCACACCAGGGACCCACAACCUUGGCGCACAGACCAGCCUGGCUCUGACCAUAUUCCUCAUUCUUUGUCCUCCGUCUUAGCUGAGCCCCUGCUGGGCCCAUGACAGGCUUAAACUGAGAAAGACUUUGGGGAUGGGUCUCCAAGGAGCCCCCCAAAAACUUGACACCCUCCACCCUUUGUGUCUAGUCUCAACCACGCCAUAUGGCCUGUCUCCUCCCCACUGGCCAUUCUGCCUUUGUCUGAGCUCACAAAACCCCAGUGUUGUCUGGGUAGCAAUAUACACAGAAGAAGUAGUUGAUUUUCCAGCCUGCCUAGUAAUCAAGAAUAAGCAUUGACCUGGUUCCAGCCCAACAGACUGUGGAAGUCUGCUGGAUGGGUCUCCUGGAAAAGCUGUAAUAAAAAUGAACUGAUGUGGCUGUGUCA